ACACAUACAAAUCAACUUACCAGCUCCCAAUCAGCUAGUCAGCGGCAACAUCUAUAUAGCGAAAAGGAAGCAAGAUCGAUGAAUAGUCACUCGAUCAUGGCGGUGCCGUCGUUGUUCGCCGCCUUCGACAAGGACGGAGACGGCAAGGUGUCCACGUCCGAGCUGCGGCGCUGCAUGGAGGCGACGCUGGGCGAGUACGUGUCUGAGGAGGAGGCGGUGGCGGCCCUCGCGGUGGUGGACACCGACGGUGACGGGCUGCUAAACCAAGAAGAGUUCUCGAGGCUGGCCGCCGGCGCCCAUGAAGAGGACGAUGCCGACGUGAAGCGAAGGUACCUGAGGGAGGCGUUCGGGAUCUACGCAUCGUCGUCCGUGGAGGACACGGCGACGACGACGAUGAUUACACCGGCGAGCCUGAGGCGGACGCUGAGCAGACUAGGGUCGCACGAGCUGGGCGUGGAGGAGUGCAGGGCAAUGAUCUGCAGGUUCGAUCUCGACGGCGACGGCAAGCUCUCGUUUGACGAGUUCCAGGUCAUGAUGAUGGCCUGAUCGUCGAUUUCUCUUCUUCGCAUUCUUCUAGAGACAUAUUUUGUUCACUCUUUUUUUUGCGGAGGCUAAUAAUAUUCACUUAAUUCAUUUAUCGAUCACAUAUGUUUGUACA